UUGCCCAUUUGCCGACAUUUUGGGGAAGUUGUAAGAUCUUUGCAUGUUGACGAAUACACAAUUUUAUGUAACCUGUGGUGUUCGGGAAGUAGUUUUGAUGUGUGUGUGUUCGUGUACGUACUUGACAUUUUUAUUUACUCUCCUAUCUAGUAUGUGCGAUGUCCUCUGCAUUGCUACGUAAAAGCAUUCGUUUGUUUGAAGACGAUUUGACAGAAAAAGUUACCAUUUAUCUUCAGUCAUCCAUCGUGUGACACAUUGGAUUAGACAAUGGGAAAACAUGAAGUUGGGACACCUAAGUACAUUGCCAAUAAAAUUAAGGCAAAAGGCUUACAGAAGCUCCGCUGGUACUGUCAGAUGUGUCAGAAGCAGUGCAGAGACGAGAAUGGUUUCAAGUGUCACAUGAUGUCAGAGUCUCACCAGCGACAGCUGCUGCUUUUUGCUGACAAUGCUGACAAAUACAUUGAUGAAUUUUCGAAAGAGUUCUGUGAUGGUUACUUAGAGUUGCUGAAACGACAGUUUGGAACAAAGCGUGUUCAUGCAAAUCGUGUGUACCAGGACUACAUUUCCGAACGUCAUCAUCUUCACAUGAACUCUACUCAGUGGGAAACACUUACAGAUUUUGUGAAGUGGUUAGGGCGUGAAGGCAAAUGUGUUGUGGAUGAAACUGAGAAAGGUUGGUAUGUGCAGUAUAUUGAUAGAGACCCAGAAACUAUUGCCCUGCAAGAAGCAAUGAUGAAAAAGGAAAAAAUGGAUAAAGAUGAUCAAGAAAAAAUGAUGGAAUUUUUGCAGAAGCAAAUUGAAAGAGGAAGAGACUGUUCAAAGCCAGUAUCCAGUACCUAUACAGAAUUUGUCCGACAAAAUGAGGAAGAGAAAUUGAAAUUAAAUCUGAAUCUCAUUAACUUGAAGAAGAAAGAUGAUGUUAAAACUGAAUUUAAAAUGCCACUUUUACCAGGAAACAUCGCAGGGUCUGAACAAAGUAAAAAGAGAUCUCUUAAUGAUACUGCUAGUGAAUCUGAGAAAAAAAAGGUAAUGAAAGAAAAAGCCAAAGCAUCUGCAUUGGAUGCUAUCAUUAAUGAAGAAGAGGCAAAAAAGGAAAAGCUCAACCGGAAGGAUUAUUGGUUGACGAAAGACAUUGUAGUCAAAAUUAUUACAAAAUCUCUAGGUGACAAAUAUUACAAGAAAAAGGGAGUAAUUGUAGAAGUUAUUGACAAGUAUGUAGCUGUUGUUUCUGUGUUUGAAACAGGGCACAAGCUUAAAUUAGACCAAGCACAUUUAGAAACUGUUAUUCCUGCUGUUGGUCGUAAAGUGAAAGUUGUGAAUGGUGCAUAUAGAGGUUGUGAGGCAGUUUUGAAACAUCUUGACGAGAAAAAUUUUUGUGUUAGUGUUGAAGUGGCAUCUGGUCCAUUGAAAGGUCGAAUUGUGGAGGGAGUUCAGUAUGAAGAUAUAAGCAAAAUUCAUGUACCAUCUUAACCUAACCCACAUAUUACUCUGUGACCAUAAUGUAAGCUGUCAUAAUUGUCUGUAGAAAUGAUAUAUUUUUCCAUGUUGAUGUAUAAAACAUUAUUUUGCAUAUAAUUUAGGAAAUGAAAACACUGAUUGUAUGAGACAGAAGAGAAAUAUAUCUUUAUUCACCAUUGAAAAUUAA